CUCUGGCAAAGGUGGGGAGACCCACAGCGAUCGCUGUUCCCCAAAGAUCGCUGUUUCCUGGGACCGAGAAUUGAAGUGAAAGUGAAUCCGGAUUUCUCGUGCGUGAUCGAGGGGACGGACAAGCUUCCUGUCUUCAGGAAAGGGAGCGUUUUGUAGACGCUCCCAAGUGUUAAGGUGCUACCUGCUUCUUUGAAGAUGCCCUACAAACCGCAGCAACGUAAGCUGAGCACCACUACGGCCAAAGGAUCCAGGAAGAGAGAUGAAGAUUCAGGAACUGAUGUGGGAGAAGGGGCAGAUGACUGGGCCCAGGCCAAAACCACGAUCAGACCCCCUGACCAGCUGGAUUUGACUGAUGCGGAGCUAAAGGAGGAGAUUACCCGAAUUCUGACAGCCAACAACCCACAUGCACCCCAGAACAUCGUCAGGUACAGCUUUAAAGAAGGCACUUAUAAGCUUAUUGGUUUUGUGAACCAACUAGCCGUUCAUUACAGCCAUGUGGGGAACCUGAUCCCCAAAGACUCAGAUGAAGGACGGCGGCAGCACUACCAGGAUGAGUUAGCAACAGGUUCUCAGGAGUCUGCCAGGUUGGUGUAUUCAGACACAGAAAACCUUGAAGAAGAAGAAGAGACCAAGGAAGGAGAAACUGAACCUGAGAGUCAAACAGAUAUUCAUACAGCUGAGGUACACUGUAGUAUUGCUCUCCAACCUACCUACCCAUGCCUUCCCGCUCCAGCUGUAGGUGGAGGCUUCAAGGCUGACUUAUUGAGGGUGGGGCUGAAAGGGAGAAGUCAGAGGCUGCAAGUACCAGUGCCUCUGACAUCAUCACCCUGUCCCACUACCAUCCUAUUCCAGGAUAUGAUGUCUCCCCACUCCCAAUUCCCUGCCACCUUUUUCUCAUGGCUAAGUCCUGAUCCUGUGCGUCUCUCCCUCCUCACCCCCCUCCAGGCAUCUGAAAAAGUGAUUGAAGAAGAAUUGAUGACUCCUAAGCAGCCCAAGGAGAGUAAGCUUACCAACCAGUUCAACUUCAGUGAGAGAGCUUCACAGACCUUCAACAACCCUCUCCGGGACCGAGAAUGCCAGAUGGAACCUCCUCCCAGGACAAACUUUUCAGCCACAGCCAAUCAGUGGGAGAUCUAUGAUGCCUACAUAGAGGAACUCGAGAAGCAGGAAAAGACCAAAGAGAAGGAGAAAACAAAGACACCAGUGGCUAAAAAAAUGGGGACGAUGGCCAUGAGGAAGAUGACAUCUAUGGAGUCCCAGAGUGAUGAUAUCACCAAAGUGAUGCAAGCUGCUAAAAUCGUAGAGCGGAUGGUCAACCAGAACACAUAUGAUGACGUUGCUCAGGAUUUUAAGUACUAUGAGGAUGCUGCUGAUGAAUACCGGGACCAGGAGGGUACGCUGCUGCCUCUCUGGAAGUUCCAAACUGACAAAGCCAAGCGCCUGGCCGUCACCGCCCUCUGCUGGAAUCCAAAGUACAAGGAUCUGUUUGCAGUGGGACAUGGCUCCUAUGACUUCAUGAAGCAGAGCCGGGGCAUGCUGCUGCUCUACAGCAUGAAGAAUCCCAGCUUUCCUGAAUACGCCUUCAGCAGUGAGAGUGGCAUCAUGUGUCUCGACAUGCACAUGGACCACCCCUACCUGGUGGUGGUGGGCCACUAUGACGGCAACGUGGCCAUUUACAACCUCAAGAAGCCCCACUCCCAGCCUGUCUUCCGCAGCUCAGCCAAGUCUGGCAAGCACACAGACCCUGUAUGGCAGGUCAAGUGGCAGAAGGAUGACAUGGACAACAACCUUAACUUCUUCUCUGUGUCAUCUGAUGGCAGGAUUGUGUCUUGGACGCUCGUGAAGAGUGAGCUGGUUCACACAGAUGUCAUCAAGCUGAAGGUGGAGGGCAGCACCCUGGAAGGUCCAGAGGGGCUUCAGCUACACACAGUGGGCUGUGGCACUGCUUUUGACUUCCACAGAGAGAUCGACUACAUGUUCCUGGUGGGCACAGAGGAGGGGAAAAUCUACAAGUGCUCUAAAUCCUACUCCAGCCAAUUCCUGGAUACCUAUGAUGCCCACAACAUGGCAGUGGAUGCUGUGUCCUGGAACCCAUACCACAGCAAGGUCUUCAUAUCCUGCAGCUCCGACUGGACAGUGAAGAUCUGGGACCACACCGUCAAGACCCCAAUGUUCAUCUAUGACCUAAAUUCAGCGGUGGGUGACGUGGCCUGGGCGCCAUACUCUUCCACUGUGUUUGCAGCAGUCAGCACCAACGGGAAGACCCACGUGUUUGACUUAUCCAUCAACAAGUACGAGGCCAUCUGCAAUCAGCCUGUGGUGGCCAAAAAGAAGAACAAGAUCACCCAUGUGCGGUUCAAUCCCGUCUACCCCAUCAUCAUUGUGGGCGACGACCGUGGGCAUGUCACCUGCCUCAAACUCUCACCCAAUCUGCGCAAGAUGCCAAAGGAAAAGAAAGGGCAGGAAGUGCAGAAGGGUCCAGCUGUGGAGAUCGCAAAAUUGGACAAAUUGCUGAACCUGGUGAGGGAAGUGAAACCCAGAAACUAAGGACCCUGUCCUAUUUCUUGAACCCAAUACUUGUAGCCCCUGACCCUGGUACCAAGUCCAGCCUUAGCACCUAAUAUGUGACCCCACCCAUGAUCAGGUCCCCACUUCAGCCCUGGUCCCAGCACCUCAUCCCAUGGCUUGACCCUCAAUCACCAUUAUCCAAUCCUACUUUGCACAAAUAAACCUGUCUGGAAACCCA